UCGACUAGAUAUUUGAAACCAAAGAUCCAAGCUACUUGAAGUGCUACCCGACCCGACCCGACCCAUCGAUGUCGCUAUAAAUAUAGGAUCCUGCCCUAAAUUUCAAAAUUACAGCACCUAGAAAUCGAAGAGGAAGAAGUUCAAAGUUCCCGAGAUGGCUCGUACCAAGCAAACUGCCCGCAAGUCGACUGGAGGGAAGGCUCCAAGGAAACAACUGGCCACCAAGGCUGCUCGCAAAUCUGCUCCAACUACUGGUGGUGUGAAGAAACCUCAUAGAUACAGACCUGGAACCGUUGCUCUUCGUGAAAUCCGUAAGUACCAGAAAAGCACUGAACUUUUGAUUAGGAAGCUCCCUUUCCAGAGGCUUGUUCGUGAGAUUGCUCAAGACUUCAAGACAGAUUUGCGUUUCCAAAGCCAUGCGGUGCUGGCAUUGCAAGAGGCAGCUGAAGCUUAUCUGGUUGGGCUCUUUGAGGACACAAACCUGUGCGCAAUUCAUGCUAAACGAGUAACAAUCAUGCCAAAAGACAUUCAACUCGCGAGGCGUAUCAGAGGCGAGAGGGCUUAGUUUAUGAUUUCAUCAACUAUGUGUCGUUCUAAGUUAAGUAGUGUCUAGACAGAUAAAGAUUGUGUUCUGGUGAAGUUUGUAUCUCCAUGCUGAUACUAUUGUUGGUCAUGCUUGUUUUAUUCCUUUGCUUUGUUGUUUUCCCAGUUGGAUAAUGAUUGAAUAGUUGGGUUUAGUAGAUACCUUUAUGCA